AUGGCAGAUGAAGAAGAGGAUCCCACCUUUGAGGAAGAAAAUGAAGAAAUUGGAGGAGGUGCAGAAGGUGGACAGGGUAAAAGAAAGAGACUUUUUUCUAAAGAAUUACGGUGUAUGAUGUAUGGGUUUGGAGAUGACCAGAAUCCUUAUACUGAAUCAGUAGAUAUUCUUGAAGACCUUGUCAUAGAGUUCAUCACUGAAAUGACUCAUAAGGCAAUGUCAAUUGGAAGACAAGGUCGGGUACAAGUUGAAGAUAUCGUCUUCUUGAUUCGAAAGGACCCAAGAAAGUUUGCUAGGGUUAAAGACUUGCUUACUAUGAAUGAAGAAUUGAAACGCGCUAGAAAAGCAUUUGAUGAAGCAAACUAUGGAUCUUGACAUCUUUUCUGAAGCUUCAUUAUGUUCUGGGGAAACCAUACUUAAUAACUGUAUUUUCCACAGUAAGGCCCUGAUACCUAACCAUGUGAAUGAAAAAUGGAGAACCACGAAGUUUUCAGGCUUUAUUUUCAUGUUUUCAAUUUUAGAGUGAUAUAUGAGCCUUUAAUUGCCUGCCAUUAUAUUACCCUACUUGAAUGACAUAUUAGAUUUUAAUGACCACAUGUAAGUCAAAGUACCUUUGGUUUGCAAACCAUUCAGUUUCUUCUGACUCUUGACCAUCUCAAUGAUGAAUUAAUAUUUAUGUAUACUUGUGCCAUUGUAGGUUGUACUAUAGCUGUUUAAUGUGUGAAAUCUAAAUGGCACCUUUGACUUUGAUAGCUAAGAUGUGUUUCAUAUAUUUCUAAAGCUUUUAGACCAAAGUAGUGUAAGUUAUUAAAAGAUGGUAAACUGGUUUGUGUUUCUUUUAAGGAGAAAACAAUAUUAGAAAAUGCAGUCUUUUGUAGGAGUGUUUAUUUGUCUUAAGAUAAUUUAAUACUCUUCUUUAGAUAAUAAGAGUGAUUUUUUUAUUUUUUGAGAAACUAAGAAUUUCCUAUGAAUGGUUCUGUGUUGAAAGACAUACUGGUUAAAAAAUCUUUGGGGUUUAUAAUAUACUGUUUGUCAGAUUUUAAUAGAACUCAUUUUCCCAGGUUAGAUUAAAACUUCAGAAAGUGCUUUCAGUAGCAGGAAUGGCAUUGCUGAAAAGUUGAUGGCAGGUAAGCAUUUGGGGUAGUGUUUUAUUAACAUAUUUGUUAGUAUUUAUUUAUUCUGAAAAUGUAUACUUGACUAAAACCAUGUGUGGCUAUGGAAACCACUUUUGUAGUUCACAAAUUUUGUGUGUAUUUAGCUCAUUGUAUUAUUCUUGCACUUAGCUGAAAGUAAGGAUUAAAAUUGCAUUUAAAGGGAUCACUGGAUAUUACUCCUUGUGAAACUGAAUGUUUCGUGUGCCGCUUAUAAGCAUUGUCUAUGAAUCAGUAUUUAGGAAGAUUUCAC